AUGGCGCCGCCGCCGCCUCUCCGUUCUGACGUCGAUAUGUUCUCCGCCGGCAGCAAGAAGCGGAGCAUGCUCCUCCAGGCGGCGUACGACGGCGACCUCCGCUCCUUCAAAAAGCUCUUGAUGUCGCUGGAUAAGAGGAGUGGCCGCCUCAGGGAGAAGGUGGAGGCUGUCAAGGUCGAAGCCGACGGCGUCCUGAAGGGCGCCGGGGCGCUGCACCUCGCCGCCGGCAACGGGAGGUUGGAGAUUUGCAGCUACCUGGUCGAAGGCCUGAGGGUCGACGUGGACGCCGUAGACUGUGGAGAUAGAACACCUUUGCUUCAUGCUUUGUUCGGUGAGAAUGUGGUCACUUUCAAGUAUCUUCUGGAUCAUGGUGCCAAUCAAGACAAAGUUAACACCGAUGGGUUUGCCCCACUACAUUCAGCUGCUGGAUUUGGAUACUGUGAAAUGGUAGAGUUAUUACUUGCAAAAGGAGCUUACACUGACCCGGUGACUGCUUGUGGGACACCACUCCAUAUUGCUUGCACCGAGGAUCAAGAUCGUACUGUGAAGAUCUUAUUGGAGCACAAUGCAGAUUACAACAAGAUGGUAAAUGGUAUGACACCUCUCUAUUUUGCUAUAAGUGCUGCCUCGCUGAAAUGCGUGAAGCUCCUGGUUGAGGCCGGUGCCAUUGCCAAUCGAGACUAUAUCUUAAAUUAUCUAGCAGAUGCUCCAAGUAAUGGUUCAGCUGAGUGCUUGAAUUGCUUCCUGGGGUUUGGUCCUGAUUGUGAUUGGGAGCCUCAUAAUGAUGAUGCUCGUGUGGAUCAACAGAAAAUAGCAAAGUUGAAGUCACAAGGGAAUGAGGCAGUCAAGAGAAAGGAUUUUCUUUCUGCCACAGAAGCCUACAGUAUGGCGUUGGAGCUGGAUCCUGACGAUGCAACAUUGUUUGCGAAUAGGAGCUUGUGCUGGCUUCACAUUGGUAAAGGAGGCAAGCCUUUGCUUAGCUUUCUGGAUGCUUAUGAAUGCAAAAAAAGGCGGCCUGACUGGCCAAAGGCCUGCUACCGCCAGAGCAAAGCCUUGAUGUUACUGAAGGAAUACAAGGGUGCCUGCGAUGCCCUUUUGGAAGGAUUGAAGUUGGACCCAGGGAAUGCUGAAAUCGAGGAUGAGUUGUGGAAAGCUGUGGAAUCCAUGAAGUUGUCUGCAACCACCAAGGCUAUGUGA